CCAUGCGGAGGCGCUGGUAGGGGGGCGCGGGGAGGGGGUCGGUCGGGUCCGCCAUGGCCGCGAACUGCGCGGGGGCCGCGGGGACGGCGGCGGGAGCCGUGGCCGCGGUGGGCUCGGCCCUCAGCGCCAGCAAGACCAAGACCAAGAAGAAACACUUCGUGUGCCAGAAGGUGAAGCUGUUCCGGGCCUCGGAGCCGCUGCUCAGCGUCCUUAUGUGGGGGGCGAACCACACGAUCAAUGAGCUCAGCAACGUUCCCGUCCCCGUCAUGUUAAUGCCCGAUGACUUUAAAGCCUACAGUAAGAUCAAGGUGGACAAUCAUCUCUUCAACAAGGAGAACCUGCCGAGCCGUUUCAAGUUCAAGGAGUACUGUCCGCUGGUGUUCCGCAACCUGCGGGAGCGCUUCGGCAUCGACGACCAGGACUACCAGCCUCCCCUCGCCGUGUGUGUCGCGCAGAACUCGGUGACGCGCAGCGCCCCGGUGAACAGCGACAGCCAGGGCCGCUGCGGCGCGCGCUUCCUCACCACCUACGACAGGAGGUUCGUCAUCAAGGCGGUGUCCAGCGAGGACGUGGCGGAGAUGCACAACAUCCUCAAGAAAUACCACCAGUUCAUCGUGGAGUGCCACGGCAACACGCUGCUGCCGCAGUUCCUGGGCAUGUACCGGCUCACCGUGGACGGCGUGGAGACCUACAUGGUGGUCACCAGGAACGUCUUCAGCCACAGGCUGACCGUGCACAGGAAAUACGACCUGAAGGGCUCAACAGUAUCCAGGGAAGCAAGUGACAAGGAGAAGGCCAAGGAUCUCCCAACCUUCAAGGACAACGACUUCUUGAAUGAGGGGCAGAAGCUGCACGUUGGAGAAGACAGUAAAAAGAACUUCCUGGAGAAGCUGAAGCGGGACGUGGAGUUUUUAGCCCAGCUGAAGAUCAUGGAUUACAGCCUGCUGGUGGGCAUCCACGACGUGGACCGGGCCGAGCAGGAGGAGAUGGAGGUGGAGGAGCGGGCAGAGGAUGAGGAGUGCGAGAAUGAUGGGCUGGGGGGGAACCCCAUCUCCUCCUACGGGACCCCCCCCGACAGCCCCGGAAACCUCCUCAACUACCCCCGAUUCUUCGGGCCCGGGGAGUUCGACCCCUCCGUGGAUGUGUACGCCAUGAAGAGCCACGAGAGUGCCCCCAGGAAGGAGGUUUAUUUCAUGGCCAUCAUCGACAUCCUCACGCCCUACGACACCAAGAAGAAAGCUGCACACGCUGCCAAGACAGUGAAACACGGGGCCGGGGCCGAGAUCUCCACCGUUAACCCCGAGCAGUACUCGAAACGCUUCAACGAGUUCAUCUCCAGCAUCCUGACAUAGUGCAGCCUCCUCCCCUGCUCCCGCCGGCCGCGGCCAUCCUCAUCCUCACCCCCUCCUCGGGCCGCCGCCGCCGCGGGAUCCCAGCUCACAGAAGUGCCCAGAUCCCAGAUCCGAGGGCUUUUAUCCCAACGAGCCAAGUGCAUUUUGUUCCGGCGCCGCUCUCCUCCUCCGUGCCCAGGAACGCUGACGGUCAGUGCGAGCGGCGCCCGCUCCACAAAACCACUCCUUGUUUUUUUCUGUGUCGUUGUUGUUGUUGUUUUAUGGGACUGGCUUUCCUCGCCAGAAAAGACAAAAAAAAAACAAACCCCACCCAAACCGAUCAAACCCCACCCCUUUUAUUUCCCUCUCGGUAGGAAUUGGAAGGAAAAUAGCUCACCAUUUCAAGGAUGGGAAUAUAAUUCUGAUAAAAGGAGGAGUUCGCUGAAUUUUUAGGUAAAUUCAGACUUGGGACACUUUAUAUUUUUUUUGGUUAAUUUAAGUAACAAAAGGAAAAAACACAUAAAAAAAAAAACAAAACCAACGACAAAAAAAAAAAAGCCACAAACCUUUUUUUGUAACUGCACUUGAUUGAUGAGAAAGAUGAGGGAAAUGAACAUCUACCAAAGAUGAUCUCUAAAAAAAUAAUAAUAAUUAAGAAAAAGGGGUAACUCCUAAAAAACAAUCAGUGUGAGAAGUGAGAGAGGCAUUGAGCAACCUCAGCUCACGACGUGCUCGGACCUGGGGUGAUUUCAAUUGGCCAGCUCUGAAGAUUGAAAGAAAGAUUAAAAGAAAAGAAAAAAACAUUAAAAAAAGGCAUUUUUAUACCUUUAGGAUAAGAUUUUUUGGUCAUUCCCUCAGUGGGGAACGGCUCUGAGGUCACCAUCACAGUCCUGCCAGUGUUAAUUAGCUAAUUAAUUAUUCAGUCUUCCUUCCCCCACCCCACCUGCAACAGGUACUUGGAUCUGUGUCCUGGCAGAGGUUCCUGGGUUGGUUUUUGGUGGGAUUUCUGCUGGAAUGUCACUUGCACAGUUGGAAUCGGGCUGGGAGCUGCCCUGGGCUCGGGGCUGAGCCCCUCUCAGCGACCCUCCAGGAGUGGAAAUGGUGGAAAGACUUCUCUUCUUCCAGCCCCCUCCUCCCCGUGAAGGAUUUUGGGACUGAUUGGAGCGACUGAAAUCGUCCUGUUUUAUCUCCAGAACGCUUUUAACCCUUCCCCACAGCCAAGCUGGGCAGACUCACCGUGGGUUUUGUUCGCUCUGCUGCUGCACAAGUUACACAACUUCUGGUUCUUCCUUUUUUUUUUUUUUUUUUUGGAUUUGUCAUUCUCUUCUUUUUUUUUUUUUUUAAUUUUUAUUUUUAAUUUCCUUUCUCUCUUCAAGCAGGAUUUAGGAGUUUUGAACAAAUCCUCUCUGCAGUUGAAAACACACAGUUGCUUAAUCUGCCUUGGAACUGUUUUUUCACACAUGCCUUUGUUCGGGGAGCGUCUGUCCUGUGCUUGUAGCGGUUUUUUUGCUGUGUGGAAUUUUGGUCCUUUUUCACAGAUAACUGGUGCUCAUCACAUCCUGGUAAUUCCCCUAAAUUAACCCUCUGAUUCUCUCAAUCUGGGGUUUGUGGGAGGGGGGGGGGGGAAGUUUUUAACAAUUUUUAUUUGGUUUUGAUUUCUUUUUCAUCCUCCUCCCCUCCCUAUUUCCCAUUCCUGAAUCCCCCCCACCUUGAGGGGGGCUAAAAUCAGAGCCCCCCACCCCCUGAGGGUGCACUGUAAAUAGAAUUUGGGAAAAGGUGAAAAAUUAGGGAUCCUGAUGGGAUUUGAGGAUUUUUUUUUAGUCAUUCCCUUUUGUUGUGGCUGCUUUCUGCUGCCCCUGUGGAGCUGGAAAAGCCACGACCCCAAAAAAAAAAAAACACCUUAAACAAAGAAAAAACAACAAAAAAAAAAAAAUUAGGGAGGACUUGGAGCUUCGUUUUGUGGGCAUUAUUUUGGUUGCUUUUCUCUUAAUAAGCACUUAAGUUUACUGCUAAUUAGGAAUUAAAAACCAAUCACUUUUUAUUCCUGACAGUUUUUUUUAAAAACAAACAAACAAACAAAAAAAAAUCUGCAUUGAAUCUGCAACUUUGGUAAGUUUGCCCUUCUCCUUUUGGGAGCUGUUUUAUCUCAAAAUCAUCUAUUUAUAAAACAAAACUAAAUAAAUGAAGAGGAGGAUAAAAAAUAAAAUAAAAAUGGGGGGAGGAGGGAGAGCAGGAGGUGGUUGAACACCACAAAUCAAACCCAGAGAAAAAGGGGAGGUGAGGAUGGCAAAAAUCUCCUUCCCUGAAUUCUGGAAUAAAAGAAUAAAAAAUCCAAACCCAGGGGAAUUCCUGCAGAAAUCCUUACAGAGUUCUGCCAAAAAAAAAAAAGAAGGGCUUGAGAGCAGGGAAUAUUUUCCUUUUCCAGGCUGGGGUGAAAUUUGGCUGUUUCAGGGGAGCCCCACAGGGAUUUUUCCCUUUAGCACUGUCCCAUCUCGUGUAUUUAAAGUGAUUUAAAUGCAAUUUUCUCACCUAAUGCAACCCAGGUAUGGAACUUUGUUUAACAGAAGUUGGUUUUUUUUUGUAUAUUGUUUACAUUUGGAGAAGUAGCAUUACCUUAAAAAUGCUAAUUUUUGUUUCUAGACAGUAUUUUUAUUACCAGGACAAGAAGUGAAACUGCAAAUAUUUGAUUUGUUUUUAAAAGGGAUUUUUUUUUUUUUUUGGUUCUUUUUCUUUGUUUUGUUUUAUUUUUUUUCCUUUUAAAUCUUGUUUUAGGUCACUUUUUUAACUCAAGUAUUUAAAAAAAAAAUGAAAACCCAGCCCUUUCCAUUCUGUUUUUCCAACUGCUUGUGCUAAUUCCUUGUUUUUGGUGUGGAUUUAAUUAUUCCCGUCCUCAGCAUGGACUGACAGGAUUUCCAGCAGAAUUCAGGAAUUUUUUUGGCAAAAAAACAAAACAAAAAAAAGCAGAAUUUGCUGCAGUGGAAUUCCAAACAAUGAGUGAGCAGCAGCUCUCCCUGAUCUGAUCUAAAUUCCCAAAAUCUGCUGGGAGCUGGGAAUUUCCUGCUGGGAAUUUCCUGCUGGGAAUUUCCCUGUUGGGAAUUUCCCUGUUGGGAAUUUCCUGCUGGGAAUUUCCUGUUGGGAAUUUCCUGCUGGGAAUUUCCUGUUGGGAAUUUCCUGCUGGGAAUUUCCUGCUGGGAAUUUCCCUGUUGGGAAUUUCCCUGUUGGGAAUUUCCUGCUGGGAAUUUCCUGUUGGGAAUUUCCUGCUGGGAAUUUCCUGUUGGGAAUUUCCUGUUGGGAAUUUCCUGCUGGGAAUUUCCCUGUUGGGAAUUUCCUGUUGGGAAUUUCCUGCUGGGAAUUUUGUGCUGGGAAUUUCCUGCUGGGAAUUUCCUGCUGGGAAUUUCCUGUUGGGAAUUUCCUGCUGGCAAUUUCCUGCUGGGAAUUUCCUGUUGGGAAUUUCCUGUUGGGAAUUUCCUGCUGGGAAUUUCCUGCUGGGAAUUUCCCUGCUGGGAAUUUCCUGUUGGGAAUUUCCUGCUGGGAAUUUCCUGUUGGGAAUUUCCCUGUUGGGAAUUUCCCUGUUGGGAGAUCUGAGAUCCCAGGGGAGCCGGGGGCAGCUCUGGGCAAUGAAGUGCAAUAAAUCCACUGCAAACACUGAAAUCCCAUCCAGGGAAUCCAUGGAAUGGGAUCCUGCUGGGAUCUGGGAACACCCCCGGGAGGUGCCUCUGGAAUUUGGGAGAAUCUCCAGAAUUCCCUUUGGAAUUUGGGAGAAUCCCCAGAGUUCCUUUCCUCUGGAAUUUGGGAGAAUCCCCUGAGUUCCUUCCCUCUGGAAUUCAGGAGAAUCCUCAGGAGUUCCUUCUGGAAUUUGGGAGAAUUCCCCAGAAUUCUCUCUGGAAUUUGGGAGAAUCCUCAGGAAUUCCCUCCAGAAUUUGGGUCAAUCUCCAGGAAUUCCCUCUGGAAUUUGGGAGAAUCCCCAAGAGUUCCUUCCUUCUGGAAUUUGGGAGAAUCCCCAGAAUUCCCUUUGGAAUUUGGGAGAAUCCCCAGAGUUCCUUUCCUCUGGAAUUUGGGAGAAUUCUCAGGAGUUCUCUUGGGAAUUCUUGAGAAUUCCCCAGAAUUCUCUCUGGAAUUUGGGAGAAUCCUCAGGAAUUCCCUCCGGAAUUUGGGAGAAUCUCCAGAAUUCCCUUUGGAAUUUGGGAGAAUCCCCUGAGUUCCCUUUGGAAUUUGGGAGAAUCCCCAGAAUUCCCUUUGGAAUUUUGGAGAAUUCCCCAGAAUUCUCUCUGGAAUUUGGGAGAAUCCUCAGGAAUUCCCUCUGGAAUUUGGGAGAAUCCCCAGGAAUUCCCUCUGGCCUCUGCCUGUGUUUCAUCCCGAGAGCCACAAUCAUGGAAUUCAUCUGGAAUUCACCCCCUGGGGAUGGAAUUCAUCCUUUGGGGAUGGAAAACUCAACCACUUUCACUUUUAUUUCCUUUUGUUUUGUUUUUGGGGGGGGAGGAAAUUCCUGCUUUCCCAAGCUGAGGAUUCCCAGCCCGCUGAGGAGGUUGUGGAUAUUCCCAAUCCAUGACUACUAUGCAGUCCUUUUUUUUUGGAAAAUUCCUGGAAUUUCACCCCCAGCUGAAGGAUUUUUUUUUUCCCCCAAAAUCAAGGUGGGGGUGAGCCCAGCCCCAAAUUCCCAAAUUUCCCGUUCCUGCAGAGCCCCUGCCCCUCGUCCUGGAUUUUUGGGAUGGAUCCCAUGGAUAACUGGGAUCCAGGAGCUCUGGACAUUUUGGUUUUUUUUGGUUUUUUUCACUCAAAAAAACCCGAUUUAAAAUCCCAAAAUUUAAAUCUGGAUGGGAGCAGCUCCCACACACAGGUCACGAGGCUGGGCAGGGCUAAUCAGUGCAACUGAAUUUAAAAACAAAAAAAUAAAAAAAAAAAAUAAAAAAAUAAAAAAUGUGAAUAAAUUAAGCUUAACCUAAAAACUAAAAACUAAAAAAAAAAAUAAAAUAAAUUAAGAAAAAAAAAAACUUAAAAAAAAAGGAAAAAAAAUAUGGAAAAAAAAAAACAAAACCAUUCUAGGAUUUUUCACUGCUGUUUUUUAAAUAGGAAUUUGAAGUCCUCUGUGCUUGUCUGUUUGCUAGGAGCAGUUUGAGACACUGUUACUGUUUUGAAAUGCAUGCAUGUUACGAGAUGAGUCUCCAACCAGAGAAAAAAAAACAAACAAAAAAACAAAACAAAACAAAAAACAACAAAAUAAAAUUAAAACUUUGUGUACA